AUGUUUUACACUUGUAUUUUGAUUUGCUUGAGCCUCCUCUCUUCCUUUCAACAAACGGUUGUGGGUCAAUGUCUACCGGCUGGUUCCAAGCCGAUCAACAUAGGACAGUGUCGCAAAGCACUUGCCACAUACAAGUUUGAUAACCGUGGCCUGCUAGACAAUGACGGGUAUAAGAACAAAAAGACAUGUGGGAGCUGCGGGAUCUCCAUGUCCCAGGUUAGCUCGCUCCCUAAAGCUAAAACGAGCCUGGAUGGAUUUUACAAGAAAUUCCUAGAAGAGGCUCUGGGAAAUCUAACACAGGCUUGUACCAUCAGAAGCGGGAAAAAAGAGUCAAUGCUACCGGGGAUCUGGGCGGGAGCAUUUGCAGACGGUACAACUUUUUUCGCUAUGGAGGUUGAGGUUGGAGACAUGCCGGCCGAUAAAUGCUCCUCAGUGCCACGAAAACCAAAAAACAAGCGAAGAAGUUCGAAUUUGGAGCCGUUCAAUUAA